CCAUCACUCUUCAGUCCUCGCCCAUUCGGCCGCCGUGCCUCCCGCGCUACCCCUGCGCCCGCUUCCGCCAGCUUCCGCAGCUGUGUUCUGCCGCUGCGGCGUGCGUGGCCCUCGAUGCCCACGCUCCCGUGCCAGCGCUGCCAGCAGCCCCUGGCGCUGCCCGCCUCCACCUCCUCGCCCUCGGGGCAGCUCUCCAGCGGCGCCCGCGCGCUGCUCGCUCCCGCCGCUGGUGCAUCGCGCAAUGCCACAGCGGCACCAGCGCCCCUCUCACGGCCACUGGCGCACACUGCCGCGCUGCAGCGCCUCCUCGCCGCUCCGGCGCUGCGCCAUCCCCUCUGCAAGGAGUGCACCGACGCCGCUCUCAAACUCACGGCGGCCGAGAGCGAACAGCUGCGCGCGGAGCGUGAUGCGCUGGCGGCUUGGCAGGCCGAGGUGAAGCGCGCCGAGCCGGGAGAUGAGCAUCUGCACGACGAGAUCAGGCAGCUGGAGGAUGAAGCCGAGCUGGUGACGCAGGGGCUGCGCGAGGCUGAGCGCGACCGUCUGGACGUCGAGGCCGAGCUGCGAGCGCUAGAGCAGGAAGAGCGGGAGCUGGAGGGGGACGAGCAACGAUUCUGGGCGCAGUACUCCGAGCUGUCUCUUUCACUCGCCAAGCUCUCCAGCCAGCGUGAUGCUCUUCAAACAGCAGCAGCUCACGACGCGGCACAGCUGGCGCGUCUGCAGCAGACAAACGUGUAUAACGACGCCUUCAGUAUCGGUCACGACGGCGGCUUUGCAACCAUCAACGGCCUUCGCCUCGGCCGCCUGCCGGGCAGUGCAGCGCCGACAGAGUGGCGGGAGAUCAACGCGGCAUGGGGACAGGCUUGCUUGUUGCUUGACACGCUCGCUCGCAAAUGCGGCGUCGUCUUUGAAGACUAUCGCCUCUGCCCAAAAGGCUCGUUCAGCACAAUCGAGAAGCUCGCGGGCGACAAGGCGGUGUAUGAGCUCUACGGCUCGGGCGAUUGGCAGAUAGGUCGACUACUGCAGAGUCGCCGCUUCGACCAUGGCAUGGUGGCGUUCCUCGAGUGUCUGCGCCAGCUUGCUGCGUGGGCGUGUGCGCGCGAUGCCGAGCUGCGAUUGCCUCAUGCCAUCAACAAAGAUCGCAUCGGCGAGGCGUCGAUCCGAUUGCAAUUCGGCUCGGACGAGACGUGGACCCGGGCGCUGCGGCAUGUGCUUUUGACCCUCAAGGUGCUCCUCUCAUGGGCGUGCCGCCGAGACGAGAGCAGCACCGCUGCCUGACCCUCUCUGCUAUGCUGCCCGCUCGCAUGUCACUCUCCCUUUGCAUCUGUACAACACCCAUCUGCACGUCAUCUACUCCAGGCCAUCUUUCAGCGCG